AUGUUGCUCAAGUUGGGUGGAAACACCAGCAAAAUAUUUCCGAAGCAAUUCCGGCAGUCAUGGCAUCGGACAACGUCACGCCCGUUACAGCCUCGUCGGGCCAACGGCGGCAACACCAUAGAAAAUGUCACAAACGAUAUCAACAAAGUCGACUUCCUCAAAAGUGAACUCAAUCCUGUCGAGGAUGAGGAGUUCUCACCCGACAAGCUCAGAUCGAACAUUGAGCGGUUAUAUAUGACAGUCAUCGUGGGUUUGAUGAAUCUAUGGAAGCAUAUCGUUAGACUUAGGUCAUGGCGUGAACAACGACGUACUGCGGCUUUUUGUGUGACUUACUUUGCAGCAUGGCUACUUGACAUUGUUGUGCCUAUGCUAUCGUCUUGA